AUUCAAACCGUUGAUAAUUUGUGAGAUAAGCAAAUUUUUCACUGAUUAGACGUUGAAUGCAAACAACUUGUGAUUUUCUGACUAUUCACUGACUGCCUAUAAAUCAAUCAUUUCAUAAAUCCUUACAAUAUUUUCCAAUUGGGACUCAAUUUAUUGAUCAUUUGUAGCCAUUGUUUGAGGCAUUAAGACAUUAAAUGGAAAGACGUGUUGGUGUCGAACAUUUAGAUCUGUUUUUGAGUGAUUCUAAUCUCGAAGAAGGUAUCACUCAAGUGGUAAAGUCUGUGAGACCCGAGUGGCCGGAGAUUAACAUUAAGCUUAAAGUGUUUACGGAUGGCAUCACUAAUCGAUUAAUUGGUGUCUAUUUGGAGAAGAAUCCAAACGAUAUGGUUUUGAUCCGCGUUUACGGCGAGAAGACGGAACUGUUUAUCGAUCGAAAACAAGAGCUGAGAAAUAUGCGGACAAUGUAUAAGUCGGGACUCAUUCCUCCGUUUUACUGUUCAUUUAAUAAUGGCAUUUGUUAUGGAUAUUCGCCGGGAGUAGUCCUCGACGAAGACAUGGUUAGGGAUCCAAUCAUCUCUUCACUCAUCAGCGAAAUGAUGGCCCGAAUGCACACAAUUAAGCCACAAGUGAGCCGAUGCCACGAAGCGAAGGACUGCGCCCACGAACCCGAACCCUCGCUCUUCAGAGGUCUGCGAAAAUUUCUAGACUUAAUCCCCUGUGCCUUAAGAGACACACAACAGGAUAAACGUUUCAAAAAGUUUAUCCCAAAGAAAGAGAAUCUUCUAUUGGAAGUGAAUUUCCUUGAGAACAGUCUGCGAAAGCUGUCGUCUCCGAUAGUGUUCAGUCACAAUGACUUACUGCUGAAGAAUAUAGUGUUCAGCGCCGAGAAGAGAGCCGUCACUUUCAUAGACUUCGAAUACGCCGAUUACAACUACCAGGCCUUCGACAUCGCCAACCAUUUCUGUGAGUUCGCAGGCGUCGACACAUUCAAUCCGAGCCUCUAUCCCAACAAAGAGUUUCAGUUCCGAUGGCUUCGCCACUAUCUGGAGGCGUGGUUUGCGCUGAAGACCCGCUCACUUGUGGCCAACUCUAUAGAGAGACCGUCCAUUGACAAGGAGGUGGAGACUCUGUACCAUCAGGUGAACCAAUUCGCGAUGGCGUCCCACAUGUGUUGGGGUCUGUGGGCCAUCGUUCAGGCCGAACACUCCACCAUUCAUUUCGAUUAUUUGGGUUAUUCUAUACAACGGCUCAGAGAGUACUAUAAACUUAAAGAUGAGUUCCUUAUAAACGAUGAUAUCUAUCAUUGAGUUCGAGACCAAAGGUUUACAAUAGUUAUCGAUAUUCUCUAUAAGAAUGUCAUAUAAAUUGUAUAUUUAGUUAUUUUUCAUUCCAUAUUAAUUGAAAACAAAGUUGUGUUCAUUUAAUUUUAGAAAACAA